AAGCAAAUCGAAACAGCUUCGCUUCACCCGGUCUGAGGCGGGUUACUCGUGAUCCAGCCAGUGACUAGUGAAGGUGUGUCCUUUUCCGUGCUCUUCGUUCCAACGCAAUAGUGAAAAAAUGAAACUCUUUGUAGUAGGAGUUAUCCUAACCACAGUUAGCUUCCAAGCAAUCAAUGCCCUGAACUGCAUGCAAGGCAUCGAGAUCAGAAAAGGUGAAAACAAUGAGAUGCAAAAAAGCGAUAAACCACUGGAAAUCACGGAGUGUGGUGUUACCAGUGCUGUGGCAUCAACGGCGUUGCUGUUCACUGUCAAGCCGAGCUCUAUGAGCAUUCCCUCCGGAGACUACAAAUGCUACCACCUGAAGUACGAGGAAAAAAACAGUGACACCUCGACAAUCAUCAAGGGUUGUAUCUACAAUUCCCUGAACGUCUGUGAUGGCAAGUUCUCGUCGAGCAACACCAAAGAAUCCUUCUGCAGCCAGUGUGAUAUGGAUGGUUGCAACACGGGCGGACGAUUCGCCUUCGAUUUUAAACUUCUAGGUCUAACCCUGUCCGCACUGAUGGCGUAUUUGCUGAAGUAAAAGGAUGCUGCGCGUUCUGUACGUGUUCUAACUUAUUUCAUCAUUACCUCAUCGAAUACGCUUCAGUGUAUGUGUGCGUUUUAAUUUGCCUUUUUUUUCACUGAUCAGAAGUGGAUGAUUCUAUUUGCAAGACUCUCAUCCCAACCGUAACGAUAUACGCUCCUUCUAGAGAAGCUGAAGCUUUAAUAGUAGUAAGUGAGAGUGAAACAAGUGCUUUACCCAGACAAAACUAUCUCGCAAAACACAAACGGUGGAGAGGAGAUGAAUAACAAAAAUCGAUAGGCGCCGCUCGAAAACACAUUUUCAAGGCCCUUUCCUUCGAACGUCGGCGCCAGACAUGAUUCAUCCCUCCUCCCGAAGCAACUCAGGAGCAGCGAUAUACAUAAGCAAAAUGAAAUGAUUUACUACUAAAUCACAUAUAACUCACCAAGCCAAAGAAUCCGAAAAACACGGCCAUGUUCCUAGUUUACUCAUUGAACUCCACCGCUUAAUUAGCAUGUAAUCAUAAUUAAAACCGGUAAAGGUACAUAGUACAUAGAAGAAAACAUUGAUUGUGCCGAUUUUGUUAACUAAGGCUUUCCAAGAAACAAUGGUGGUAAUAAAAAUAAUCGAUCUGACGGGCAAUCAUGACGAAGAAUGAGAAAGUAAAUUAUAAUUCCGGACGACA